GUGUGGUUUCAAUGUUUCACAAACAUUGCAGUUCAUGCCGGGUUUUGUAAGGCCACGUUUUAUCGAACAACAUUGAGCCCCGAAGCGUGUGAGCAACCAUCAACAUGUUGACAAACAAAGUGUUUAUGAAGAAAACCAAACGUGGUAAUAUUCUCAAGAUAGUACGGGAACAUUAUCUGCGCGAUGAUAUCUGGUGCGGGUCGGAAGCAUGCAGGAAGUGCACACAGGGUGAAAACGGUAUCCUGCUGGACGAGCUUCCGGAACCGGUCAGCGAGUUGUUCCCCUUUUCGCACUACCUGCUGCUGGACACAAACGUGAUCCUGUACCAGAUGGACCUGCUGGAGGAGAGUGCGGUAAGGAAUGUUAUCAUUCUGAACACGGUGCUGGAUGAGGUGAAGCAUCGAAGCGCCCUGGUGUACAAAAGGCUGCGAGCGGUCUUGGCGUCGCCCGGUAAAAAGUUCUACACCUUCGUGAACGAGCAUCACAAGGACACGUACGCGGAACGAAUGCCGGGAGAAUCGGCCAACGAUCGAAACGAUCGUAUGAUCCGGAAUGCAGCCUUGUGGUACGAACAGCACUUGAACUCGGCCCAGGGAAAAAAGGCAAAGCCGAGGCCACGGAUUGUGCUGCUUUCCGAUGACGCGGAUAACCGAAGCAAAGCGGUACAGUUGGGACUAAACGCGUGCUCUGCCUCGGAGUACAUGAAAGCGGCCAAACAGGAGUACGCCCAUCUGGUGGAUAAAAUCUCACAACGUGACGCAGUUGGUGAGAGUAAGGAUCCACUGUUUCCCUCCCAUCUGACGGCCACGCAGAUUCACCAAGGCAUCAAGAAUGCCACCCUCAUGCAGGGUGCUUUCUUAGCUUCCCGGGAAAACUUCCUCGAGGGGUACGUCCGGGUGGAGGGUGUCGAAAAACCUGUUCUCAUCCAGGGCCGAUUAAAUCUUAACCGUGCCGUCGAUGGGGAUGUGGUCGCGAUCGAGAUGCUUCCGGAGCGCGAAUGGAAAGCGCCCAGUGAUGUGGUGCUGGUGGACGAACAGAACGAUCCCGGUGAUAUGAUCGAGCCGGAUCCAACGUUCAACGAAAAGGCGCAGGCGGAGCGCGAGCCGACCGGCCGAGUGGUGGGCAUCAUAAAGCGUAAAUGGCGCCAGUACUGUGGCAUUCUGCUGCCAAGCCACAUCCCAGGGUCGACGCGCCACAUUUUCGUCCCAGCUGAAAGAAAAAUUCCACGCAUCCGCAUCGAAACUCGACAGGCCGCUACGCUCCUUUCGCAGCGUAUCAUCGUGGCGAUCGAUCAGUGGCCACGACACUCGCGCUACCCACAGGGACACUUUGUGAGGGCGCUUGGUCCGAUCGGUUCGAAAGAAACGGAAAACGAAGUGAUCCUUCUCGAGCACGACGUCCCGCACGCUCGCUUCUCCGAGGACGUUCUUGCCUGUCUGCCCCAACUACCGUGGGUUAUUACGGAGGAGGACCUAAAGAGUAGGGUAGAUUUACGUGCGCUCACCAUCUGCUCGGUGGAUCCGCCCGGAUGUACGGACAUUGACGAUGCGCUACAUGCUCGCCGGCUCCCGAACGGUAACAUUGAGGUUGGCGUACACAUUGCCGACGUGAGCCACUUCAUCCGACCGGGCAAUGCGAUGGACCGGGAGGCGGCAAGUCGCGCCACGACGGUCUAUCUGGUCGACAACCGCAUCGACAUGGUGCCGGAGUUGCUCAGCUCGAAUCUCUGCUCGCUGCGUGGUGGCGAGGAGCGGUUCGCUUUCUCCUGCGUGUGGGAACUGGACGAUGAGGCGAAGAUAAAGCACGUCAAGUUCCACAAGAGCGUAAUCAAGUCGAAGAGUGCGCUCACGUACGAACAAGCGCAACUAAUCAUCGACGAUGCGAAACAGCAGAACGAUGUGGCUAUUUCGUUGCGGCUGCUGAACAAGCUCGCAAAGGUGCUCAAACAGCGCCGCACGGAUAAUGGGGCGCUCGUGUUGGCCUCGCCCGAGAUUCGCUUUCAGGUCGACAGCGAAACGCACGAUCCGAUCGACGUGAAGGCAAAGCAGAUGCUGGAAACGAACUCGAUGGUGGAAGAGUUCAUGUUGUUGGCGAACGUGUCCGUGGCGGAAAAAAUCGAACAGGAGUUCCCCGAGUGUGCCAUGUUGCGCCGGCAUCCGUGUCCUCCGCAGAACAACUACGAACCGCUGAUCAAGGCGGCCAAACAUCAAGGAUUCGAUAUCAUCACCACUAGCGGGAAGCAACUGGCGACCAGCCUGGACGAAGCGGUCAAACCGGAAAAUCCCUACUUCAAUACCAUGCUGCGCAUACUGGCCACCCGGUGCAUGAUGCAGGCGGUCUACUUCAUCAGCGGCACCCUGCAGCGAGAUGAAUUCUUCCACUACGGUCUUGCGGCACCGAUCUACACCCAUUUCACGUCCCCCAUCCGACGGUACGCCGAUAUCAUCGUGCAUCGGCUGCUGGCCGCUUGCGUUGGGGCCGAUUCGACCUACCCGGAGCUGCUGGAUAAGAGGCUCAACUCGAACCUCUGCAACAACCUGAACUACCGCAACCGGAUGGCACAGUACGCCGGCCGUGCCUCGGUUGCCCUACACACCCAUCUGUUCUUCCGCAAUCGGUCCGAGGACGAGCAAGCUUACAUCCUUUUCAUCCGCAAGAACGCCCUCCAGGUGCUGGUACCGAAGUAUGGCUUCGAGGGCACAAUCUACGUUACCGGCAGGAACAACGAGGAAAUCAAAACGGGCGUCCGGUUCGUGUACGACGAAGAGGAGCAGACGCAACGCUGCGGUGACGUCGUGUUCCGGGCGUUCGAUCCGGUCACUGUGCGGUUGAGUUUGGAUUCGACCAACGUGCAGCACGAGAAGCUCGUAUUUGAGCUGGUUGAACCGUACAUUGAAGGGUUUAGCGUACCGAGAACGGCGAGUUCCGGCGACACGGAAGUACAACCGAAACGGAAGGGCGAUCCUACGCCGGCAAAGUCCAAGAAGAAGAGUAAGAACGUCAAGUAAAAUAGGACGAUCUUUUCUGAAACCACCCCUUUCGAAGCUGAAAGAAAAGAAAGCAAUGAAUAAAGUU